GAGCACCGACGUCGUUACAGUGCUAAUGAGAAGAACGGUGUGAUGCUGAUGACAUGUAACCGCUGUGACACUGCUGUACUGUAUGUGCGCCACCGCAUGUUCACCAGCAGGUUACAGACACCCACGGCGGUUUAUUGAAACAAUAUCUGCUCUUAGAGCACCAGCGAGCAACGAUGCUUCUCCCUCCAUCUCUGAAUGAAGUCUUGCUCAUACAGAGCCGAGCAUGACGAGCGGAUGCGACUGCCGUUGAUGACACCGAGGAGACUGAAAUGGAAGAACAUCACUGGAGCCCUGCUUUCAGUGAAGAGAGACACACAAAGGCGACUGACCACCGACAGCCAUUCGAAAAGAUGCUUCGUUUUCAAUGAUCGUCACACGGUAAAUAUCUUCCAUUCAUUGUCGUCAGACCUUCAGGCUGGUGUUGGUGAUAUCCGAAAGGCUCCUCAUGUGUUAUCUCUCACCUUGUCUCUGUCAUCAUGCCCACCUUUCCACCUCUGGGCAGUAACUCCAGCAGAGUGCCUUGGGACCCAGGCGCGCCUUCUUUAGUGAACACUAUGGUGAAGAUGGUUCUUAUAUCGGUGAUCGCAUGCACCUCACUUUUCGGAAACGUUGUGGUGCUGCUGGUAUUCCAGCGCAAGCCGCAGCUUCUCCAUGUUGCCAACCGUUUCGUGCUUAACCUGCUCCUAGCCGACCUACUGCAGACGGUGCUGGUCAUGCCCUUCGCCAUCGCCGCCACUGUGCCUGAGGUCUGGCCGCUGGAUUCCCGGCUGUGCCAGGCUCUCGUGGUGCUCAUGCAUCUGUUUGCAUUCGCUAGCGUCAACACCAUCAUCGUGGUGUCUGUGGAUCGCUACCUGGCCAUUAUCCACCCACUGUCCUAUCCCACCCGAAUGACACCUCACCUGGGUACCAACCUGAUUGCUCUCACAUGGCUUCUCAGUGUGCUUCAGAGCACCCCGCCGCUUUAUGGAUGGGGAACCAUCGAAUUCGACCGGCGCUACAACACAUGCACUGUUGUGUGGUCCUCAAGCUACUCGUAUUCAGCCCUGGUGUCCGCUCUUUCGUUCUGGCUGCCUGUGGUGAUCAUGCUUUGCUGUUAUUGGAUGGUGUUCAGAGCAGCAAGGCGGCAGAAUGCUCUAGUUCACCCCAUCCAAUCCAACCCCCCUCCAGAUUCCCAAGCAUCCUGUUCCAGUCCACAAAGGCAUCCGCAGCCAGAAGGCCCCUUUUCAGCCACUUAUCCCAUCAGGACCCGCCAUAGACGCUUCCACUAUCACUGUAAGGCUGCGCGGGUGGUGUUCGUCAUCAUGGCGUCCUAUGUGUUCAGCAUGGGCCCGUACAGCGUCCUGAGCACGAUAUCCAUAUACUCAAGUGCAGCAGUGCCGCCCUGGUUGGCCUCAGUGGCUCUCAUUCUUUUCUUCCUGCAGUGCUGCUUACACCCCUACAUCUACGGCUACAUGCACCGCAGCGUACGCAAGGAGUUCCUGGCGCUGCUCUGCGGGCCACUGUGCGGGCAGGGCCGGAUCAGUCAGGGCUCCGCAGUGGACAGCUGCUUCACGGUGACGGAUGGACGCCUGGCACACACACACCUGUCAAGCCAGGCUGCCCGAGUGUGUCCUCUCCGAACCUGGGAGGAAGGCACCACAUCUUCUUCCCCUACAGAGAGGAGGUCUAAAGACAGCCGCAAGGAAACCACCUCCAUCAGUCUGAGCUCAGAGAAGGAGCUCACUGUACACAGCCACACCAACAGUCAACCUGAGGAAACACCUACAAGCAAAUUUUGAACUUUUUUCUGUCAGUGUUUGGGUGUGUACAUCUCUUUUAGGUUUCCAUUUAGGGCACAGCUUGGUAAUUUAGAAUCAAAUACUGUGCCUUAAACACAAGCUCACUGAAUACAUUGUAACCACACUCUCAAGAAAAAAAGGUGCACUGGGUCACUAGACUGGCAUUCUUCUAAAUGGUACUAAUAUGUGUCAUUUAGGUACUAAUAUCACCGUGGGUUCAUGGGAAAAUACCUUUAGGAAUAAAAAAAAAAAAACUUUCUUAAAAGGUACUGCCCCAAUAACAGUGCAUAUGUGCUCAUAGCUAUGCUAUGGACCUACUUAUGGUAAGUAUUUACACAAAUAACAUUGAGGACGACAGAAAAGCCUAGCAAACAUAGUCUAUCAUCCUGCCAAGAAACUGU